UAGAGUGAGGAGAGUUUGUGUUUGCACGUUUACUUGAAAUGCUAAGAAUUUACAACUAAAGUGGAUAUAAUGUCCACUUAGAAUUGCACCAACAAUUAGAACUAACCUAUUCACCAAGAUGGACGUGGACUCUCAUCUCGUAAACGUCACAGAAAAUAUAAUCGUGGAAGAAAUCAAGAAAAAUCGAAAGAAUAAGGGUAAUUCGUGGUUCUCGGAAAAUUGGAGAGCGAUUUUUUCUGAACUGAUGUCCACUUUUUCGCUGCUAUUUUUCGGCUGCAUGACCUGUAUACCUAUCGAUGGUGUACCAAUCAACCCACCACUUUAUGGCACGAUCGGCUUCGGUUUGAUUGUUCUUAUGAACAUUCAGACAUUUGGACAUAUAUCUGGAGCUCACAUGAAUCCAACGGUGACCUUAGCUGCUAUUAUUUGGGGUAAUAUGUCAAUUGCUCUUGGAAUAGCGUAUUUCGUCGCUCAAUGCGCUGGUGCAGUUAUGGGGUAUGGUAUUUUAAUGAUAUUAUCACCAAUAGAUAUGUCAUCUGGUAUUUGUACCACCCAACCCCACGUGAAACAUACAGUGUAUCAAGCUUUGGGCAUUGAAAUACUUUUGACUGUGGCAUUAGUGCUCAUUAAUUGUUCUGUGUGGGAUCCUGUCAAUAAAGAUAAAGGUGAAUCUCUAUCUAUUAAGUUCGGUUUGACAAUUGCAGCUCUGUCGAUAGCAGGCGGUCCUAUGACCGGGGCUAGCAUGAAUCCAGUACGAUCUUUCGCUCCGGCUAUUUGGACGAACACUUGGAAUUCCCAUUGGGUCUACUGGGCAGGACCUUUUCUUGGAGGAACAUUGGCUGUAAUAUUUUAUAAAUUCGUCUGGUUACGAACUGAAAGAGUUAUAGAACCAGAAUUCUCCUGGACCGGCAGUCGAAAUUGUCAUGAACUAGUCUAGUCCACUAUCGAAUAGCG